CAAUGAGCGUUAAAAAACAAUCAUAUGCAGGAAGCACAACAGAUUAUUCAGAAGCAAUUUUUUAACCAAAUUUUACAUAGAGAAACCAAAAUUAUCAAUUACCACCAUAAAAUCAAUAAUUUCUACCUUAGUAGCCAUUUCAAAACUAAAGGAUUUCAUUUGGUUAAGGAGAAAUUUGCUAACCAUAACAAACAAUUCCUAAGUAAAGAUCUGAUUACAACUUUCAACCUUAAUAUCCAGUAACUGAUUUAAAUAGUACAUUUACUAUGUUGCCUAAAGUAUUUGAAAUGGAUUAAGACUUUUUACCAUAAGAAAUACUAUUUUUGUUAUCUGAAGAAAAAAAUCAUUUAGAAAGAUUUAAAAAAAGAGUAGAUAGAGAAAAGGAUAAAAUCAAAAAAGACAUAAGUUUUAUUAAGAGUGAGAUUUCAAAUAUGAUUGAAGAUCUUGGAGUUUAGAUGUAACAAUUUGUAGAUGAACAUUAUAAAAGAUAUUUAAGUGUUUAUGCUGCUUUUAAGGAUGAAGUUAUUCAAUUCAAAAAAACUAAAUUGGAAGCACCUCUAAAUUUAGUACCUCCUCCACCCUCAAAUAAUUUUGGAGAUUGUUCUAAUGCUAAUCUAAUUAGAGAAUUGGAAGAAAUGAAAUAUUAAAAUUAUGUUAGUAAAGUUAAUGCUUACAUAAGCAAUUUGGCUAAAUAAAGAGUUGAAUAAAUUUAAAUAAUAUCAAAGGAAUUAUUAUAAUUGACAAGUCAAAAUAGUGAUUUUUAUCAUUCAGAAGCAACAUUAAGAUAACUUAAUAUUAUAAAAUAAGAAGUAGAAGAAAGAUUAAUAACAAAGUUUGGUGACAUGACUGACUAUAUAUUACCUUUAGAUUUUAUGGAAUAAAGUUAAUAGAAAUAAAUAAAUCAAGAAAUGAAAAGUAAACUUAAUAUAGAAACUUAAUCACUUCCAUAAUCAGCCAUAAAAUCUAAUCCUUAUUUAAAUAUAUAGGAACCAAAAUUAACAUUAAAUUUUGAACACUAAAUGAAUUAAUUUAAUCUAUCUUCAUAGACAAUAUAGUAGUCUCCCAUCAUUUAAUUACAAAAUCAUUUUAUAAAUUCUCAUACAAUAUAAGGUAAAAUCACUGAAUUACAAGAAAUUUAAUCAUAAGAUAUUAGACAUAAUGGAAUGAUACUAUGUUUUACAAAUAUUAAAGAUAACUUAAUUGCUACUGGAUCUAAAGAUACAAUUAUUAAUAUUUGGGAUAAUUCUUCUCUGAUAUCUUAAUUGAAAGGUCAUUCUGAUGGAGUUUGUACAUUAACUGUAAUUAAAGCUAAUAAUGUGCCUUUCUUUUUAGCAUCUGGAAGUGAUAAUGGAGAUAAAUCAAUUAAAAUCUGGAAUUUAUCAACUUUGAAAGAACAUAAUACUUUAAUUGCACAUUAAGCAGCUGUAGUUGCAUUAUUAUCAUUAGAUGAUGGAUAAACUCUUGUUAGUGGAUCAUAUGAUUAAUCAUUAUUGAUUUGGAAUAUAGAUAAUUAGAAACCAAUUUAAAGAUUGGAUGAUCAUAAAAAUGCUGUAACUUGUUUAACUUUAGCAAAAGGAAGAUUUAUUUCUGGAGGAUUGGAUUAAACUAUUAAUGUUUGGAAAAUAAUAAAAAAUGCUUAAGGAUAAUUUUAAUCAGCAUAAUUAGAAAGAUCUAUUAAAAAUCAUACACUUGUUUGUGCUUUGAAUGUUGUUUAAAUAUAAAAUAAUGUAUAAUAUUAUUAUAUUAUAAUUUGUAGACUAAAAUAAUUACUGGAGGAAAAGAUGGUAAGAUUAGAGAGUUUGAUAUUAAUACUGGUGAAAAUUUGGCAUCAUGGUAAAUAACUAAUGGGCCUAUUGUUGAAAUGAUUGUUGCAUAAGAUUAUGUAAAUUAUUCUGUAAUCUCUAUGUCAAAUAAAGUAAUUAUUUUUAUAUUAUCAAAUAGGAUCGAAAUUUAGUAAUGACAACUCAAGGUGUAAACAAAGUUUUGGAUACUAAUGAUCAAGUAUUUGUAGAAUUCGGAUGUGGUGUUUAUCCAAAAAUGGAAGUUGUCGAUAAAGCUGGACAAUUAUAGUUAAAUAUCAUCUCAUAGAAACAGGAUGUUUAAAAAAUUUUUAAGUAUGCUAUCUGA